AAACAAAAGCUUAAGUUUGGGGUCUUCUCCAGCUAAAACUAAACGCCUGUUUCCUCCCUGCAGUUGUUCUUCCCCGGCUCUAAUUGCCGCUAUGUACUUUGAGAAGCAGAGCCCCACAGGAGUGCAACGCAAGAGGAGAUUCUCCUCCUGCAUCCCCUGCUUCCUCGGCUCUCCCGUCUCCGACUCCGACGCGUCGCAGCGGCCGCCCGCCGACGCCCGGUCCGGGCGCAGGCACUCGGCGUGGUACUCACGUUGCAGGCUUCGGAAGGAGGAGGAGAUGACGGAGACCGCCCAGCUCGACGCUUCUGCCAGAGCCGCGGCCGACGCUAAGGUGACUACUGCGGCCAAAGACAGCCUGUCCAAGAAGUCUUCUGCCAAGGAUCGAAGAGACAGCAUCGAGCAACAACAAGAACAAGCUUUGAGGCGUCACACAAAUCCCCGUUCUCAGCACACAAGUCUUCCCAGUAUCUCGCCCAAAUACAAUGCUCGUAGAGCACCAAUUCCGCGUUCGACCCGAACCAAGUCCAAAGGCAACGAACCCGUGACAGCCGAGCACAUUCCCGGUACCUCCACCGAUGACUCGGCUCGAGCCGCCGCCGCGCUUGAGCCAUUUGUCGGCGUAGGGGUCAUGGUGGUUAUAUUGGCCGUCUUGGUCUUCUCCGGCCGAGCCGCCGCCGUCGUCUACUUGUGUUGUUCCUUGUUCAUAUUGCAUCUCUCGAGGGUGAUGUCGACGAGACCAGCAGCAGCUCAUGAUGAGAUCGCAUCGAGAGAGGUUGAUAUGGACUCCGAUGAGUACAAGAAGAGGGUGAUCUUAGAGGGUUUGCUACAGCGUGAUUGUCGAAGGUCAUCGAGCACUAUCAUUCUCGACAAUACUUGAGUUUGUAUGAAUUUUGUUUUAUGAUUUAUUCUACCAUACUAAUUGUAGCAUCGAAACAUACAUUGAAAUCAAAAUAAAAUGCAUGCAAAUUUGCACUUUAAGACCUCCCAAA